AUGAGUACUUCAACACCUUCAAGGCUGCUGCUACUCCCUUCGGAAUUACGGAGUGCUAUCCUAGAGAACUUGCAGCAUGAUCGAAGCGCCCUGCUUUCGGUUUGUCUGACCUGUCAAAUCCUGCAUGCCACGGCCCGUCCUAUCCUGAAUCGCAGAAUAGUAGUCCACAACCACGACAGGGAGUCCUACGAAACGGCGAUGAGUCAACUUCCCCAAGUUACACAGUAUGUCAGGGAGCUGACCAUCCACUCUCACAUUGAAGGCAGGGCUUCUGUGCAUCCUAUUCCUGCUUCGAUGGCUGGCACAUAUCAACCAAUCGACAUACUCGCAAUCACAGGCUACAACCCUCUCUUUACAGACUUUGUUCCCAAAAUCGACGCCAUGAAUCGGCUAGAGAAGCUCAUAAUCAAGGGAUGCGGAUAUAUAGGUGCUCCUCAGGCCAUGCCUUCCUCGGCCUCGAAUCUCGAGAAUCUGCAGCACAACUUGCAGACAUUCAAUAGCCUGAUCCUGCGAGCAGUCCAGGGAGACGCUCUUCGCCGCCUGCACACAUUGGAGCUCGAUCUUUGCAAUCGAGGAAUUUGGUACUGCGAAAUAGAACCCUUCUUAUACCAUCCACGGCUGAAGAAAUUGUCUAUUAUGGGAGCUAACAUCUCCGGGUUCAGGCCCAUGCAUUCCCGCCUGCGUUUCUCGCAUCUGGAAGAGCUGGGGCUUGUUUGCUGCGAUCUUAGCUCUGGCACGAUGGAAGGUCUCCUCGCUAUCCCUAAAGCCCUUCGCCGCCUCACGUUCGGGGGCUCGCCUCGAUCUCAGGCCCGAGAGCGCCUAGACUAUGACACCCAACUUUACGUCAACGCCAUAAAGCAACAGGCAGAUUCCUUGGAAUAUCUCGAUAUCAGCCCACCGAUAUUAUUUGACGAGAGACGGGAACCAAUAGACCUGCGCUCGCUUGCCUCACUGCGAAGUCUCCGAAUCCGACCUAGAACUCUUUACGGCCACUUCGAUAUGAAUCCAGGGCUUAGUAGUCUAUCGCCUCUAUUCUCAGAGAAUGCUCUUCCACAGCCCGCACUUCCAGCUAACCUGAGGCUACUCAGACUCUGGUGUUGGGGCGUGUCCUUUAGAUUCGAAGCGCAUACGUCGAUUCUCAACAACUUGGACAGGUUUGCUGUGACUGAACCCCUUCCUAGCCUUCGCUGUGUCAUAAUCGAGGAUAGCAAGUUUGUCUCCGGCGACUGGGGCGUGCCUCGGGAUUACCGUGGUGACCUUACAUUUCUUGGAGCCGAGCCGCAGGGCCCGUGGCGGUUCCCGCUUGAUUGCUGCUGGGCUGACCGACCAUAAUAAUAUUCUACGCUUACAUUCACGGUGGACGGCUGUAGAGAGAUCGGAGCAUCUAUCUUGUUAGUUGUACCUAUCCCAUGGUUGUCUUUAUAGUGUUUAUAGCAUUGCGUUCGAGGUGGCCGAUGUUUUGGUUUGAUAGAUCAGAGAUUUCGAAUUGAAUUUUCACAACGCAUUAUCCCUUUACUAUGUAGUUUCGAAUAGGUAGAUGCGCCUCACUAAUUGUGGAGAUGUUCUUGCGAGUGUCUUAAAGGGCUGCCGUCCUGUUCUUGACUUCGUAUCCCAGUAUAUACAACUGUUGUGUGUUAUUGCGGCAACACAAGCAUUUCGAUAGCUUUAACACCACCCAGUAGACAUUAUCUUUUGAUCGU